AUGGAUAACUUGCUCGAACAAGCCAAUAGGGAACGAGGAAAUACGAGUAGACAAGGGAAAAAAUUAACAGCUUCUGGUAAAGAGGUUAAAAGAAUUGUCGCUCAAGAAGUGAGCGAAGAGGAUCGAACGCCUGAAGGAUGGAUAGGAAGUAGCAUUGUGUUCCCAAAUACCAAGAAAAUGCCAAAACAACGUGAGAAGAGCAAGUAUGAGGAAGUAUGUGCCGUUGUCCCAAAUCAAAUAAUGGCGGAAAAUGAAAAGGCCAAGAGGACGAAAGAAAUGGGUUUGGUUUUUCAAUUGGGAAUUGGAAAAGCUGUUGUAGAACAUAAACUACUCAAAUAA